CUCUCUCUCUCUCUUCUCUGCCCUCUUGGUGAGUCAGAUAAAGGUCUAAAAUGUCCCGUGUGCCUGCUGGAAUUUGAGGAGGACGAGACAGUCAGGAAAAUGCCCUGUCAGCACCUGUUCCACGCCGGCUGUAUUCUUCCUUGGCUUGGAAAGACCAACUCCUGCCCCCUCUGCCGCCACGAGCUGCCCACGGAUGAUGAGCAGUAUGAAGAAUACAAGAAGGACAAGGUGCGACGGCAGCAGCAGGCACACCGGCUGGAGGGCCUGCACGGCGCAAUGUACACAUGACCACCCGUCUGCCUCUGCUAGGGAUGCCUGGAGCCCUGCCUGCUCCCGCCACCCAGGGUGUCCAGCGCGGCCUCUUCUAUGCAUGCCAGGGACCAGGGUGCCCUUGGGGCCAGGGAGAAGCUGCGGCCUCCACCCCCCUCUUUCCUCCCCUUCCCUGAUCCAGGUCAUCUGUUGCACAGCAAGAAUAAAUAUGCCCCCCCCAUG